UUGCCAAAUAUAUUGCAUUCAUAUUAGAAAUAAAAAUAUGGCUGCCUAUAUCAAUCGUGCAAUGAUUCAAUCGUCCAUGAUUGGAGGAGACAGCCAACUUCGAUCAGAUGUUAGAAAUGAUAAUUCUCCUCUACAGAUCUUUGUUAAGGCAAAGAAAAGGAUAAAUGAUAUAUUUAUGGAUAUAGAAAAAUAUGUGGAGGAAACCGUGGAGUUCAUGACAUCAUUCCAAAAUGAUCAGAAUAUUGUAACUGUAGAAGAAGCAAUAAAAGUUAAAGCUUACAUAGAUAAAAUACGAGCAAUAAAAGAUGUUCUUAAAAGAGAUCAUAUGAAAGUUGCUUUUUUUGGCAGAACAAGUAACGGAAAAAGUACUGUAAUUAAUGCCAUGCUACAUGAUAAAAUUUUGCCAAGUGGUAUAGGACACACUACAAAUUGUUUCUUACAAGUUGAAGGUUCAGAUAAUGGAGAAUCAUAUCUUAUUACGGAAGGAUCUACUGAAAAACAACCAGUUCAAUCUGUUGGACAGUUAGGUCAUGCUCUUUGCAAAGAAAAAUUAUGCGAAAGUCAUUUGGUUAGAAUAUUUUGGCCAAAAGAAAAAUGUUUAUUACUGCGAGAUGAUGUAGUGUUCGUCGAUAGUCCAGGCGUAGAUGUAACUCCAAAUCUUGAUGAAUGGAUUGAUAAGCAUUGUUUGGAUGCAGAUGUUUUUGUCUUAGUAGCAAAUGCAGAAUCUACCAUAAUGGUUACUGAAAAAAACUUCUUUCAUAAAGUUUCAACAAAAUUAUCAAAACCAAAUAUAUUUAUUUUAAAUAAUCGAUGGGAUGCUUCUGCUUCUGAACCAGAAUAUUUUGAUCAGGUAAGAGCACAACAUCAAGAACGUGCUAUUGAUUUUUUAUCAAGGGAAUUAAAAGUUUAUAAUCCAAAAGAUGCUGAAGAACGCGUUUUUUUUAUUUCUGCAAAAGAAACUCUUCAAGCUCGUAUGCAAGAACAACGUGGGCAACCUGCUCAUAAUGGUGCGCUAGCAGAAGGUUUCCAAAAUCGAUAUUUUGAAUUUCAAGAUUUUGAAAAAAAAUUUGAAGAAUGUAUCUCAAAAUCUGCAGUAAAGACUAAAUUUGAACAACAUUCUCAGCGUGGCAAACAUAUUGCAAUGAAAAUACGUCAAGCAUUAGAUGAGAUAUUAGAACGAACACAAAAAAUGCGAAGUGAACAGUUAAAUAUCAAGAAAGAGCUUCAUGAUAAAUUAAAUUUUACAGAGCAACAAUUAAUGCUGUUGACUCAAGAAAUGAAAGAUAAAAUUCAUCAUAUGGUAGAAGAUGUAGAGCAAAAGGUUUCUAAAGCUUUAAAUGAAGAAAUUCGGCGAUUAGCUGUCCUAAUAGAUGAAUUUAGUGUUCCAUUUCAUCCUGAACCACUUGUUUUAAAUGUAUAUAAACGGGAACUUCAUACACACGUAGAAAAUGGUUUAGGAUCAAAUUUACGAGCCAGACUCAGUACUGCUUUAGCAUUAAACAUGGAAAAUUCGCAGCGAGAAAUGACCGAAAGAAUGUCAAGCUUAUUGCCUGAAAAUAAAAGACAAAUGUCGCUUAACAUUUUACCACGACGAGAACCAUUCGAAAUAUUUUAUCGACUGAAUUGUGACAAUUUAUGUGCAGACUUCCAUGAAGAUUUAGAAUUUCGUUUUUCAUGGGGUUUUACAGCUAUAAUUAAUAGAUUUGCAGGAAAACAGAGUCAGAGAUUAACUAUUACUAAUUAUCCGCAAGAGAUUCCGCCAUGUAUCACAUCACCUGCAGAUAGCAUAGAUUCUCUCAAAUUUGUUUCAAGUACACCAAAUUUUCCAACAAGAUCUGAUGAUUGGUCUCUAGCUACUCGUAUAGCAGUUGCAUCUGUAACAUCACAGGGUACAAUGGGUGGUCUUAUUGUUGCCGGCUUUAUGUUAAAAACAGUAGGUUGGAGAUUAAUUGCUAUAAUUGGUACUAUAUAUGGAGCUUUAUAUCUCUACGAACGUUUAACAUGGACUAAUAAAGCAAAAGAACGUGAAUUUAAGCGACAAUAUGUUACGCAUGCUACCAAGAAACUGCGAUUAAUUGUAGAUCUGACUUCUGCAAAUUGCAGUCAUCAAGUACAACAAGAGCUCUCCAGCACAUUUGCAAGGCUUUGUCAUUUAGUAGAUGAAACAACAUCUGAAAUGGAUACCGAACUGAAAAUUAUAGGAAAUAAUUUAGCAGUAUUGGAAAAAGCAGCAGCUAAGGCAAAGCAUCUUCGAAACGAAGCCAACUUUUUAAUAAAUGAACUUGAUACGUUUGAUGCAGCUUAUUUAAAACCAUUAAAUUAA